CUUUCAUCCGGACUCCUUCACCAAACGGGAAUUGCCCCCUUGCCUUAACCGGCACUAACACUAACUCCUCGGUCCCUUACAUCAAAAAUCACGACCAUGUCCUCCCGUGGCGUCCCUGAGGUGUUGAUGAAGAAGGUCGACGAGUAUGUCGAUUCGCUGGCCCCUCAGAUUCAACCCCGCAUCACCGCCGAGCUCGAGACUUUCCAACAGAAAACCAUCGACAGUCUAGAAGGACAGGUCGUCGACGCUUUCCGAUCUUUAUUCAAUAAGGACAAAAAUAAUUCUUCAGAUGGCUCACGAGGACCGUGGAAUCUAAAUGAUGCCGCACCAGAUGCCUAUGGCGGUCAAUCGUUGCCGUUUGCUGACGAGAUUGCCAAAUUGACCCGCAGCUUCAGCAAGAUCUCCGACGAGGCUGGUGAUGACUUGCGAGAUAUCUUUGACCUCACUGAGGGCCGUGGCAACUCGGGAGACACGCAGUCUCGUGGCUUUGAUACCUCUGGAGGUGCGAAGGGUUUUCUCUCCAGCGCCUUUAAUGCCGUGCAAGAGCACCUUGAUAACAACGGCAACGGAAACGGAAACAAAGGUCAAGGGUUUGAGCUGGAUGGCCUUCUCGGUAUUUUGAGCAAUACUGUCAAGGAUGCCUCGCGGAAUCCGGAGGAAAAGGCUCGACUCAUCAGCCCAGAAAUCAAGGAAAAGGUCGGGGAGAAGCUACGAAUGCAGCAUGCACCCAUCGCGGAGCAGUUCACACGCAUUGCGCUCGACCACAUCAAGCGCUGGCUACGCGGAAAUACGAGCACGCGAGACCUCGGUGAUGGCGCCAAAGCCGAGAUUGAGGAUCAGGUUAAAGAUCUCGUGAAGGGCCUCGGAGGGCUGUUUGGAAGCAAGAAGCAUUCCAGUGGGGAAGAGUCAUCGAGGGGCUUCGGGGACCAGGAUCGCGAUGGUGACGGAGAGAGAGGCGGCGGCUUUUCCAAGGUCAUUAGCGACAAGCUCAGCACAGGUCUUGCCAAAGUCCAUCGCGAGGUUCGACUCGAAUUCCGCAAGAUCUUGGGUGCGAUUGAGAAGCAGUUGUUUGAACUCUUGCCUGACCAGUUCCAACGCCCACUGGAGAAGAUCCUCGGAGGCAAUCCGUUUGACUCCCAGCUUGACCGUGAUGCUGGCGGUCAGAGGGACCGCGGGUUCGGAGACGACAUCAAGUCCAAAUUGCUCAGCAAGAUCCGUGAUCUCGUGCGAAAGGUCCAGGAGACGCUCCGUGAAAGCAUUCUAGGAGUUGUCAAUGGCGGACAUCGCAAGUUCGAGCGCGAGAGCUGGAUUUUCGUCCAUCGAACUGUUGAAGAAAAGGUGCAGAGAUAUUUGCCUAAUGUGAAGAUCUCCGUGCCGGAUGAUAUUGGCAAUGAGAAUGUCAGCGUUGGGGCACCAACCUCAAACACGCAGAUCGGUGGAAACACUGGAAGCCAAGGGGGACCACCAUCGCAGGGUGACUACAAGCCACCGCCACCGCAGGAGUAUCAUGAGGGACAGUCUCACGGACAGCAAGGAUACAACCCUCCUCCGCAGCAUCAUAAUAACCAAGAGUACCGACCGGAUGAACAUCGUCCACAGCUGGAGUAUAGGCCGCCGCAAGAUCAUUCUUACGACUCGCGACCAAAUCAGUACCCGCCACCUCCGCAGUACCAAUCGAACCAGGGCUAUGAUCACAACCAAGGAUAUUCACAGAACCUAGGGUACCAGCAUCAAGGGCAAACUCAAGGAUAUGGUGGGAACCAGGGCUAUCAAGGGGGUGAUUACCAGCAGCAGCCGCAGCAGGGAGGCUACCAGCAGCACAAUCAGGGCUACCAACCCAAUCAGGGAUACCAGCAACAGUUUGGCCAUGAUAACAAUCAGCGGUAUUGAUUGUUGAUGGAUGUACAUGGCAUGACAUAGCAUAGCGACAGACUUUUGAUAUAGCAAGACAGGCUCGCUUUCACUGCCUACUGCGCACAUCAAAGUCCAGGGCAUCUCACCUUUGUAGAAACAAGCGAUAGCAUCAUAUAAUUGCAAGCAUCUUCGCCAG